AUGGCUACACCUAUAUCACACAAUGUGUAUCUUACAGCCAGCCUGCAUGCAAACACCACCACGCUACAGUCACUCGCCGUCUCGCCGGGCUGUCAUUCUGCGGCUUUGCCUACUCUGCGAGCCAAGGAUGGGCAGACCUUGAUUGAUGGCGAGUUUCCACGACAGCUCUCAGAGCAUCGGGCCAACCACAGCUCGGCGCCACCUCGUCCACUCUCGUGGGCGUCUAUUUCCAUCACGACCGAAUCGCCGGCCUGGAACCUGGCGGUUCACCUAUCAGAGCCCUGCUCAACUCGCGCCAUCCUACCCUUCCGCUCUGCAGUAAAAGAGGCCUUGCCUUGGACCUACUCUGUGGCGGCGCCAAUUCAAAACCACCUUCAUCCCCAAGGAACCGACCUGCUGGACCUCCCUCUCCUCCCUUCCGACAGCUGGUCUCGCCAAAUCUGA